AAUUUUAUUUUUAACCCUUACAGUCAAUGGUGGUGGGUGUGUAUUUACAGCUGAGCUCGUUUACAAAUUCUCCUUUUUUCCUGUAAAGAAAUCUUCCUUUGGCCAAAGAAACAGACUCUUCUGUCUUUCUUCUUCUACCGGUCCUACUGUAUAGCUAGUAAGGACUAGAUACGGCCAAUACCCCAGGGAAAUGUCUGACGAAGAUCAAGUAUCACUCACUCCACCUCCUCCUGUCCAUCCAGAGACUGAAGAAAGGACUGAGGAGGGAGCUAAUUCUCCUGUUCAAGAGUCCAACUAUCAAAUAGUGUUUGGGGUGGAGACAGAGAGAGGGGAGGGGGAGGAGGAAGAGAAGAAACAGGUUGAUCCUGUCCCUCCCUCCUCCUCUCUCCUCUCCUCUUACCUCCCCUCUGAGAGUUCCGGAGAGACAGUCAAUGAGAGGUCAUCUGAGUCUCACAGCUCUGUCUCGGACUCGGUCUCAAAAUCCGAGUCUCAAUCCGAGGAAACGGAAUCAAAAUCUGAGAAUGAGAGUUCCGCAGUGUCCAGGUCUGAAUCAGAAGAUGCUUCGAAACCUGAAUCUCAAAACCUUGACACCGAUUCCAAGGAUUCCAAUCCCAAGGAUUCUGAUUCCUCGAAAACCGAGACUGAUUCUCCCGAUCCAGUACCAGACUCAAAACCAGAGCCCAACAAGACCCCGUCAAAACCUAAACCCACGGUCCCCCCUAUCUCUCCAGUACCGGCUCCUUCCUCGCCCACGGACUCCCUCCUGUCACCAUUGUCACCUCCGCCAGUACCUUGUGUCCUAUUUGAGGGUGUGCAUUAUUUAGGAUCCUCUACAGUCGAUGCACCUGUGAGUGAGAAUGAAGCAAAUCGUAAGAUGACAAUAUUGAAAGAGCAGGCGGCCCAGUCUAUUCCAGUCACAUUAUCUAUACCUACUAACAAUACAGGUAGCAUCAUAUUAAGAGACCCAACUGCUGAUCAGGUCCUAAUAGCUUUCCUCAUUCGCUAUGUGCUAUUCUGUGCCAGGGGGCAGGUAGAUAGUGGACUUCACGAUUGUAUUGCCAUCAACGUCCUACACAAGAAAAGUGGCGUCUACCAUUGUCACGUUUUUAGAUGUGAUUUACCAGAAUUGUGUCAGAGGUUAUUUGAGGCUAUUGGCAGAGCUUUUAAAUCAAAAGCAUUAGCUAAAGACUCCAAUUCUGUCUCCCAUGAGUUGGAUAUACAGGUUGACAUACUGGAGGAUGAUGGCAAGGGACACUACUCCUCCGUCUCUAUGGACAAGGAUUGCUUUAAGCUUCGUUCGAAUACAAAAAAGAAGCUUCUCUUUAACGUAUCACAGGUUCUGACUCCAUCCAGCAACCCUUUGAAAUUUGAAAAGUGUUUUGGGAUUUUGAUGGCUGUAGGUCAAGAUUUACCUCGGAACAAGUUACACCUUUUGGACAAUGCACAAGUAUCUACUAACAAUCUUCCAGAGUGUUCCAUAUUCACAGUUUCUGGUUUCUGGGACACUAGUCUACCUUCUCUAGCAAUACUGAAUGAAGACACUUCUAAAUCUAAGCAUCACUUCAUCACAAUUGCUGUUGAUGCUGUAGCUCAUAAAGUCAGUGAACCAAUCAGAAUGAUAAGAGAGGUGAAGGUUCGUAUGUCAAAAGGUGAGACUUUCAGUUCGCUUCUUUCAACUUUAACAAGACGAAAACUGGCAGUGGAAACAAUGAUACUGUCACUAGAGAAAGUUCCUUCUAGUGAUCAGUACAAGAUAAAAUCACUUAAAAGUAUAAGAGAGACUUCAUCUCCUUCGCCGUCUUUACCAAGAGGAGGAGAAAAGACAGAAGUUGGGAGGGUUGCAUCUGAAGACUCACCUUUAGUGAGAAAGACGACGAAACACAAAGUGAAAGAAGUGAAGGACACUCCAGAACACGAGGACAGUGAUCAAGCCGACGAUGACGACAUUUUGGUGAGUGGCUGGGGAGGCAAGAGCGAAGAAGAUUUAAGCGACAAUCUAUUGAAACUCUGGAGUGACAUGUUAGAGAAAUGGGACGGGAGAGACAAGUGGGAACCUAAAGGAGAGAAAACCCGAUCAAGACAACUGAUAAAACUCGUUCGAAAAGGUAUCCCUGGUCCUUUGAGAUGUCAAAUAUGGCAAAUGUUGUCAGGAGCUGAUAACGAUCCACAACUUAUCGAAGCUUUUAGGAUACUGUGCACUAAAGAUUCACCUACUGAGAGUGUUAUCAAAUGGGACAUUAAACGUACAUUCACUGGUCACGAUUUCUUCUCUAAGGACAAAGAGCAAGGAAGAGAGUCACUGUACAGGAUUAGUAAAGCUUAUUCUGUGUAUGAUGCUGAAGUUGGUUACUGUCAGGGGUUCUCAUUCAUGGCAGCAGUUUUGUUGUUACAGAAAAUACCAGAAGAGCAGGCCUUUGCUGUAAUGGUAAAGCUGAUGUACAAUUAUGGCCAUAGAGAACUAUUUAAGGCCAACUUCAAAGAACUUCACCUCAUGUUCUAUCAACUGGACAGACUUUUAGAAGAAUAUCACAGGGAGUUGUACGAACAUUUUGUUAAUAAUUCAAUAGAGACACACAUGUAUGCAUCUCAAUGGUUCCUCACUAUAUUCACAGCUAAAUUCUCACUCCAAGUCGUCUAUCACAUUAUUGAUAUAUAUCUGUGCGAGGGUGUGAUAAUUGUAUUUCAAAUUGCACUAGCACUACUAAAAUUGGCACAGAGGGAUCUUCUGGCUCUUGAUUUCGAGGGGAUUUUGAGCUACUUUAGAUCGGACCUUCCAAAGAAAUAUAAAACUGACGAAGACGUAGCAAAUCUCUUUCAAACUGCCACUCAUUAUGGAAAGGUUAAUCUCAGGAAAUUAAAGAAGCUUGAGAAGGACUACCAGGUUUACCUGGAGCAACUAGCACAAGAGGAAGACCCAGAGAAGAGACUUUUGAAAGAGAAUAAAUUGCUUCAGGAGAAUGUUCUAAGACUCCAGAGGGAGAAUGAUGAUCUUGCUGAAGAGCUAGUUGGUAGUAAAGUGGCUCUGAGAGUAGACAUGGACAAACUUGAAGAGAGGAUUGAUGUGCUUAGUAAAGAGUGCAGGGCUCACAAAACAUCCUUGGACUCUUCAAAUUUGCUUGUUUCUGAGCUUAAAGAAGAGCUGCAGCAGGCAAAGACAACUUAUCAAAAAGCCAUGAUCCAACUAACAGAAGAGAGGCAGCAACACGAAGUAGCAAUCACCGAAUACAAGCAGCUACAUAAGCAGUUGGAUGAGGGCCAUCAAAAACAGAAGGAAGAGCUACAUCAAGAACUACUGGAAGUCAAAGCUAAACUUGGCAGCCCUGGUUCAGAAUCCUCCACUUCUGAUCAUCUCUCCUCAUUAUCCUCAGAGCAAAGACUAAGACAAGUAGAACUAGAACUAGCACAAACUAAACUCGCACUGGUAGAGGCCCAAUGCAAAAACCAGGAACUAGAACAUAAAAUCGCUGAACUAAACAACGAACUAUCAUCAAAAGGAAAAGCAUCGUCUUGGCUCUCUAGAUUUAACUAGUGACGCGUGCGUGCGUGUUUUACCUUAUUAUUAUUAUUUGUUGUUAUUAUUAUUAUUAUUGUUUGUUUGUUGUUGUUUAUCCGCUGUGUUUGUGUGGCAUUUUAGUAAUUAUUACAACCAUAAGGUGCAUCAUUACUGAUGUUAUUGUUA